AGAUGGUGCCGCUUUUCUAACAGAAAAAUUGUGCCAGACAGAUAAAAGAAUUCUUUAAAGAGGUUUGCGCCUCUCUUUCUGGACAAAUGGCUGCGGCCGAAGUAAAAGAAGUUCUAUCCGAAAUAGAAACAAUGUGUGAGUGUAGUAUCUGCUGUCAUACAUACGACGACGAAUGCCAUGUUCCCAGGGUCCUGCCAUGUCAACACACAUUUUGCACUGAAUGUUUAACUAAACAUUGUAGAAGGCGGAGAUUGAAAUGUCCGUUAUGCAAUCAAGAUCACAACAUCAAAAAUGAAAGUGUAGAUAAAUUGCCAAAGGAUUACACCAGGUGCAAUCUAAAAGCUCUUUUGGAAACGCUUUCAAAAUCUUUUUGCAAAGAGUGCCAGAGCCAAAACCAUGUUAAAUUUGUUUGCACAACAUGUGAUGUUCGAAUGUGCCCUAUCUGUUGUGAUGAUAAAAAACGCAGUACUUGUAAUUUGCAUACAAUUGAGAUCAUAAAGGAUUUUUCAGACACACCGAAGGAAAUUAAUUCCAAGAGCAUUUGUAUGACAACUGGUCAUGAACAUAACGAGCUAAAAUAUUUCUGUUGUGAAAAAUCCUGUUGCAAUGCUGUUUGCGCUCAUUGCGUUGUAGAAUUCCACAAAAAUCACACUAUCAAACCAGUCAAAGAUGAAUAUGAAACUCGCAAGAAAAUAAUGGAGAGUCAUUGUCAGGCAGCUAAAAACAAAAUCAUAAAAGCAAAAAAUAUUUUAGAAAAAUUGCGUGAAAAAAUUGCGUUCAUUACACAGACUGAUGCAAACGGCAAAACCAGUCUUAGGGAACAGGCAAUAAGAGGAAUAAACUACAUAACUGAUUUUGAAAACAAAUCAAAAACGAAAGCCGAUGAGAAGUUGUUAAAAUACUUGAAUAUGCUAAAGAAAAUGGAAGAUCAGGUCAAAUCUUUCAUCGACAAUGCCUCCGAAUGUUGUUCCAUUUCAGAGGAAGCUCUAACAGGAAGAAGUUUUGUUGUCUUUCUGUCAGUGGAGAAAACUCUGACUGAUAAACUAACAGAUUUUGAGAAAUCCGACAUUGAUAAGCCAUUAGAUACAGUGUCACAAGCUGAACAGUUUGAUUUGCAAGCAGAAACUUUAGAGCUUAAAGAAAAAAUAGAUAGAAUGACGAAUAAAAAUCCUUGGAAUAUCAAUAAAUCAAAUAUUAUAGAAUUUUUCAACAACUUUUUGGGAAGUGGAACGACGACAAAUGACAGGGAAAAACCUUCCAUCAUGGAUCUUUUUACUUCAUUUUCAAUGACCAUAUUACUGUAUGCUAUUAUAAUCUUAUGGCUUUUACCAGUACCGUAUUCACAUGUGUUUGAAGUUGAUAGUACUUAUCUUACACUUCGUAAAAACCAAUGGUCUUUUUACACAUGCUAUUCUGCAGAUGAACGAAUCGUUUCUAAUAUACCAAUUAAAAACACAAGGCAGACUUGUGGGAACUUAAUCAGUCCAUAUAUAUUUAGGGGAGUUUUCACAAAUUCAACUUUCUUGUAUCGGCAAGGGGAUUCGUAUUCUAUUCAGAUAGAUGUAUCUGGAAUCAGACGAUAUUCUCCUGGAUUGAUUUUAUUUGAGUUUGGAAUUUCCAAUGGCGCAAUAGAAAGACAAAACUUAGAGGGACCCCUUACUUCUGCUUUUUAUGGAUGGAGUUUGAAAGUUUUGAACGCAGAAAGAGAAAUUGCGUUAGUUAAUUCAGAUGGUAAACUUGUACACUCUAAAACUAUAGCUGCUGAUGGUCAAGAAUCAUACAUGUUUUAUAUCAAACUACAUUCCAAUAGAACAAUUGCCUUGAAAACAGAAAUAAAGAAUGGCGAAAGGUUGGAUGAGACAGGAGCAAUUAAAGGAAAUACUAAACGAGGGUUUGUAAAGAUAUGUAGCGCAAACGAAGCUAACGUAACGGUCAAGUCAAUAAGUGGCAAUGUGGCAUUUAAUAAAUCAACCUUAUAUCCAAAUUUGUAUAUAACCACUAAUAACAAAACAAUUUCAAACCAAAACAUUUCAUUAUCCUCCAAGAAGGGGGUUGAGAACAAUCUCGUUCAAGACAUUAUGAUGUUGAACUGCGAGACGAAGUGUGUCUAUGUUUUAAAUUUUCGAGUCGAUUCACCAACUACUGCUGAAGUCUUUUCAGUAGUCCUGACCAAUUCCCAGUUUCUCCCCUCGGCUCAUUACAACGUCACAUUAUUUACCUAUUCGGUCUGUAGAGUUCUCGGAUUUAGAACAUACACGUCAUUUUGUAUAAUGGUACAUAAUGCAGAUUUUUAUGUUGCACCUAUGGAACCCAACUCUUGGCAUUCAAUAACAAUCAUAGUAAAUCGGAAAAAGAAAUCAGCAUCUUUUUUAUUCGGAUUGUGCGAGAUAGUGGUAGAAAACGGUUACAUUUUUGAACGCGGCACCCCAAUUUUACGAUGGGUGAUGUUGUCAUCGGAGGACAGUGUGAAGGUACGUUUGGCAGACAGGGACGAAUUCGAUAUUCUCACGUGGUUCCUCUACAACAUUUUCCGUUAUGUAAACCAAGUGAUGUCAUUUAUUCCAAUUCGUCGAAAGUAUUUCUCUAUUCUAGGAAUAGUGUUUUGUAUCAUCAUUUACCUCUGGUACUGUCGUGAGACCGACCCUCAAAUGGAACCUGAUGCUUUUUCAAAAAUAUGUAACUUUAUUGGUCGUAGACUUUUUGCACGACGAGGACAAUAACUGUUUGUGGUUUCACGGUGAUUUUUUUGAUUCGGGACUUCUGUUUGAUCUGAAUUGCACAGUGAUCACGUUAAAAAUCAGAUUGGUUGACGGAUAUAAAGCUGUUUCAUUUUGAAGACUCGAUACAAAAAAUGUCAUCGAUUUACGUGUUUUUAAAAUGUUAUUAACGUCAUGUCUUGUAGAUUGAGAUUUAUUACAACUGUAUUGAUAUUUCUUUGGAAAAUUGAUAUUUGUACAUAAGACAGUGUGCAUGGUAUAGUCAGAUAUGGAAUGUUAAUUCCUACAGUUUACUUCUAUAUGAUGCUAAUCAAAGAUAAAUGAUUUUUAACAAAUAGUAAAUGUCAAAGAGCAGUCAUUUUUACAAGUACGAAGAUUAAAUAAAUAAACAAAUUUAUUUACUGGGAUUAACAUUCAAACACAUGAAUACCGUACUAAAAAAAUAUAAAUUAUGAUACAGAUUAAGUGAGGAAUAGUAAUAACAAAUUGAUAUUUUUCUCUUCAAAAUCUCACAAAUUUACUGUACUCUGAUAUAUAUAGUUCAAAUAAAA